AAGCGUUCUGCCGUGCACGCCGCCUCGCCUUGCAGGCUCGCCGUCUGCCCCUCCCCCGCCCGCCGCCGUCACCGGGGAAACGGGCCACGAUAGCCCGCUGACCCGAAGCUGGUUUCAUGGCAGCCGCGAAGAAAGCAGUUUUGGGGCCACUGGUGGGGGCAGUGGACCAGGGCACCAGCUCAACGCGCUUUUUGGUUUUCAAUUCAAAAACAGCCGAACUACUUAGUCAUCAUCAAGUGGAAAUAAAACAAGAGUUUCCAAGAGAAGGAUGGGUGGAACAAGAUCCUAAGGAAAUUCUGCAGUCUGUCUAUGAGUGUAUAGAGAAAACAUGUGAGAAACUUGGACAGCUCAAUAUUGAUAUUUCCAACAUAAAAGCUAUUGGUGUCAGUAACCAGAGGGAAACCACUGUAGUCUGGGACAAGUUAACCGGAGAGCCUCUCUACAAUGCUGUGGCCGCUCCAGUUUCUCCUGGCCCUUCCGACCCAGUUGCCGUUGUUCGCUCUGGCUCUUCGGUUCCGGCUGCUGGCACUUCCUCAGUGUGGCUUGACCUAAGAACCCAGUCUACCGUUGAGAAUCUUAGUAAAAGAAUUCCAGGAAAUAAUAACUUUGUCAAGUCCAAGACAGGCCUUCCACUUAGCACUUACUUCAGUGCGGUGAAACUUCGUUGGCUCCUUGACAAUGUGAGAAAAGUUCAAAGGGCUGUUGAAGAAGAUAGAGCUCUUUUUGGGACCAUUGAUUCAUGGCUUAUUUGGAGUUUGACAGGAGGGGCCAAUGGAGGUGUCCACUGUACAGAUGUAACAAAUGCAAGUAGGACAAUGCUUUUCAACAUUCACUCUCUGGAAUGGGAUAAAGAGCUCUGCGAAUUUUUUGAAAUUCCGAUGAAGAUUCUUCCAAAUGUCCGGAGUUCUUCUGAGAUCUAUGGCCUAAUGAAAGCUGGGGCCUUGGAAGGUGUGCCAAUAUCUGGGUGUUUGGGGGACCAGUCUGCUGCAUUGGUGGGACAAAUGUGCUUCCAGGAUGGUCAAGCCAAAAAUACGUAUGGAACAGGCUGUUUCUUACUAUGUAAUACAGGCCGCAAGUGUGUGUUUUCUGAGCAUGGCCUUCUGACCACAGUGGCUUAUAAGCUUGGCAGAGACAAACCAGUGUAUUAUGCCUUGGAAGGUUCUGUAGCUAUAGCUGGUGCUGUUAUUCGCUGGCUAAGAGACAAUCUUGGAAUUAUAAAGACCUCAGAGGAAAUCGAAAAACUUGCUAAAGAAGUAGGUACCUCUUACGGCUGCUACUUCGUCCCCGCGUUUUCCGGGUUGUAUGCACCUUACUGGGAGCCCAGUGCAAGAGGGAUCAUCUGUGGGCUUACUCAGUUCACCAAUAAAUGCCAUAUUGCUUUUGCUGCAUUAGAAGCUGUUUGUUUCCAAACCCGGGAGAUUUUGGAUGCCAUGAACCGAGACUGUGGAAUUCCACUCAGUCAUUUGCAGGUAGAUGGAGGAAUGACCAACAACAAAAUUCUUAUGCAGCUGCAGGCAGACAUUCUGUAUAUUCCAGUAGUGAAGCCUUCAAUGCCCGAAACAACUGCCCUGGGAGCGGCCAUGGCGGCGGGGGCCGCAGAAGGAGUUGGCGUUUGGAGUCUCGAACCCGAGGAUCUGUCAGCGGUCACAAUGGAGCGGUUUGAACCACAGAUCAAUGCUGAAGAAAGUGAAAUUCGUUACUCUACAUGGAAGAAAGCUGUGAUGAAGUCAGUGGGCUGGGUUACAACUCAGUCUUCAGAAAGUGGUGACCCUAGUAUCUUCUGUAGUCUACCCUUGGGCUUUUUUAUAGUGAGUAGCAUGGUAAUGUUAAUCGGAGCAAGGUACAUCUCAGGUAUCCAUAAAUGAUACCAACUCACGGAUUCCAAAGAUGCGAGCUCUUUGCCUAAUGAGAGAAUCCAGCGAUUGUCUCCUUAAUGUGAUGACACUAUUCAUAGACUCUGAUUUUAUUUAUAAGCCACUUGCUGCAUGACCCUCCAAGUAGACCUGUGGCUUAAAAUAAAGAAAAUGCAGCAGAAAGAAUGCUAUAGAAACAUUCGGUGUGUUUUUUAACAUCAUGAGUUAAGAUUGGACCAGCCACCUUGGGGGCUGACCCCUCCUUUGCCAUCGUGUCCUGCCCCAUUCCCUAUGAGAUCUAGGAAGAAUUCAGGUCCUUCAUUUCAUUGGAACCUUUCAUCAAACACACUCAAACGCUGAUGAUGGUCUAGGAUUUGGUUCUCUGCACUACACACACUUGACUAAGGGGUGAUUACUAACCAGCUAAAAAUGAGUGGCUUUUUGUUCCAUUUCUUUUUAACAGUCCCUAAAAGUCCUUUUUUCUGCAUAUUAAGGAGGCCACAACAUCUUCCCCGAAUGGUUAAAUGGACACCUCUAUGGAAUUCCUAAAAUGCAAAUUGAGUACUCUCAUAGUUUAGACAUUUUCCAGAAAGGUAUUUGCCAAAACUGAAAUUCUUCAGAUACUUUACGUGGUCUCACUCAUUCACUGAAUUGCUGUCUGGAUCUUCUAGGGAAGGACACUUUUUCCUUUCUUUUUUCAUCUCUCCUUUUUAUAUUUUUCACUUGGUAUGUAUAACAUACAUGCCUAUAUAUAUUUUAUAUAGCGAGGGCAGCCCAUUUAUAAAUCAAGAGGACAUUUUACAUGAUCUCACUAAUACAAUGAAUAUCUGUCUGGAUCUUACAGGGAAGAACACUUUUUCUUUUCAUCUCUCCUUUUUAUAUUUCUUAAUUGUAUGUCUAACAUACAUGCCUAUAUAUUUUAUAUACAGAGGGUAGCCCAUUUAUAAAUUCAGAGCACAUUGUAUUCAGUAGGUUAUAAUGGGGCUGGUCUUAAGUGGACCACUGUGUGUAUAAAUAUUUUGGGGAAAUCACUGUAAACAUUUUGGGGCAACGGUUAUGCAUAUUUACAAGGAGAAACUUUUUCUUAAGAGAGCCAGCAUUUAAAGUUUAAGUAUAUGUUCUUAGUCAAUAAAAGAAAAUGUACUUUAUCGUGACUUCA